AUGCCGUUCAAAAAAAUCUUUCAAGAAGGCUUUCCAUAUCAAAGUCACUUUUUACAAAAAGCAAACAUUCCGUACCGCAUCAUCGUUCUUAAAUUUAUCGCAAAGUGUCAUUCUAAAGGCAACGCAACAUUCAGUCACCCACUUUGCUUAGUCCAAUACUUGCUCGACAGAAUGCAUAUUCUCUUUCUCAGCGUUAUCAUUGGUUUGACAACAGCAGUUGUCAUCAGACAACCUCUAAAAUGGCACAAGUCGAAAAAGGUUGAUAUGAUCGAACGUGGUGUCUAUGCACAAUAUCUUCAACAUAUGAACGCUAUGCGCGCGCAGACCCCAGGAGUUGUUCCAAACAGAGUACUGGAUUAUAGCGACUACGAAUACGUUGCAAAUAUCACCAUCGGAACACCCGGUCAGCCUUUUGUCAUAGUGCCCGACACUGGAUCUGCCAACCUAUGGGUGCCUGCCUCUAACUGCGAUCGUUCCUGUAAUUUCAAGCACAAGUUUGUGGAGGACGACUCGACGACGUUUGUUAAAACAACAAAAAAGUGGAAAAUUCAGUAUGGUCAAGGAAGCGCGCGAGGAGUAUUCGGCAAAGAUAUCGUCAGGUUUGGUGGUGACGAUGAGCAGCAAUUGGUAAUCAACAACACAACUUUCGGCCUGGCUGCCCACAUUUCAUCAGACUUUGACGAUGACCCAGCCGAUGGUGUACUCGGCCUGGCAUUCACAGCACUGGCUGUCGGCGGCGUUGUACCACCUCUCGAAAACGCAAUUAAACAAGACUUAUUGGACGAGCCCAUAUUCACUGUCUGGUUGGCACGACGAGGACCUCUAGAUGGCGUCCCCGGAGGCGUGUUCACGUAUGGCGGUCUCGACAAGGAAAACUGUGGAAAGGUUAUUGCCUACGAGCCUCUCACAUCCGCCAAGUACUUCCAGUUCAAGAUGAAAUCCAUUGGAGUUGGGAAAUCUAAGACAAGAACCUCUUACCAAGCGAUGUCAGAUACUGGGACGUCCUUCAUUGGCGGUCCCAAAGCUGAAACUGACCGACUCGCAAAAGCCGUUGGAGCUGAGUUUGACAAGGAGUACGACUCCUACAUAAUCCCGUGCAAUGCAGCAACGCUCAACUUGGACAUCUACAUCGGACAGCAGAAGUAUCCUAUUAAGCCUGCCAACUACAUUAUCAGUGCUGGCGAUGACGUAUGUCUGUUCACCGUGUUUCCAAUAUCCUUUGGCGGAAUCGGUCCUCAGUGGAUUCUUGGCGAUCCGUUCAUUCAAUGCGCACCGCCGUUCUCCUUGCCCUGGUAG